UCAGGUAGUGCAAGCAAAGGAUAGUGCUCUACGAAACGUAUUCAGUAAACGCAUGAUGCACAUUUAUGAAGAUGAGGGAGAGUUACCUGAACCUUUCACAUUUGUUGCAGUAAAGGAAGAAAUCGAUGGUGAUGCUUACAAAGAUCUGUCUCCAAAGGAGGAACAAGAUAUGCUGCUGCCUAGUGUGGUUAGCGUUCCCUAUAAGGAUGGCCCCGAUGAAGAGAUUAAGAACAAAUAUAUUACAGAGGACUGUAAUUUUGAAACUUCCAAAGAAGGUAAUGUAGGUGAAAAUCAGCAGGCAACUCUUCUGAAUGCUCCAGUGUGUAAGAAGGAACUGUCUGAAAGUGGAGAAAUAAUUAAAAAUGUGGAAUUGAGCUACAAAUGUGAGCUAUGCAAAAGUAGUUUUGCAACACAAGCCUAUCUUGAAAUACACAGACAGAUACAUGAGAAAGUUUUCAGAUGUGACAGCUGCGGAAAAUAUUUUGCUGAAAAGGGAGUGCUUACUAUACAUCAACGAUCACAUACUGGGGAGAAACCUUAUAAGUGUGACUUUUGUGGCAAAUGUUUCUCACAGAAGGGGAAUCUUGAUAUGCAUACACGUAUACAUACCGGUGCAAGACCAUUUGAUUGUGAUGUUUGUGGUAAAUCUUUCAGGCAGAAAAGCUAUGUUGCUGUUCAUCGGCGAACACAUACCGGAGAGAAACCGUUCCAAUGUAUGUUUUGCAAGAAAUGUUUCUCACUUAGUGGAAAACUCACGAUGCAUGUUCGUACCCAUACUGGUGAGAAGCCUUUUAAAUGUGAGAUGUGCGAUAAGCUUUUUACACGGUCUGGGGAUCUGGCAAUUCAUCGGAGAAUUCACACUGGACAGAAGCCUUACAAAUGUGAUGUCUGUGAUAGGGAUUUUGUACGAAGUGGUGAUCUUGGAAAGCACCAGCGGACACAUACCGCAGAGGAGGCAGGCAUGUAAUGAACCUAGUUUGUGACAAACCACAAAUUCAAAGCAAUAUUUCAUAUGGUAAUAUUCAUAUUCAGUAUUUUCCUAGUAGUAGAUUUUAGUGAACCGUUGUGCAUGUGCGUAUAUAAAAUAUAUCACUGAAAUUUUUUGUUUUGGUUUAUUGCAUUACAUAGUGCUGUAUAUAAUCAUAUUUAUGUAAGUAGGCUGUACAGUAAACUCUCGGUUAAGUGUUAUCAUGCAGCCAGUAAAUAUUUCAAAACAAAUUUACCAAUUUAUGUUUUGUUUUUGUUCCCCUCUCCCCC